AUGAAAUGGGAUUGGACAAGACAUGAUAGAGUUGCACGUAGAAAGAAAGUAAGAAAAAAGCUAGUAAAGCCAAAAAUGAAUAAUAAUGAACAGGAGAAAAAUCUGUUUAGUUCAAGUUCGGGAGAUGACAUGAAAAGAAGAAAAAUGAGAGAAAUUAUUGCUCCACAGAAAAAAAGAAACUUCUUUAGUGGUAAUAAUGAAAAGGACAAAGACAUUCCUGAGGGAAAUGACGUGAAGAAUAAAAAGAGAAAAUUGAAAAGGAAUUGUAUUAUCAGUAGCAGCUCUGAUAAUAGUAAUCAUAUCAGUAGCAGCUCUGACAAUAGUAAUCAUAUCAGUAGCAGCUCUGAUAAUAGUAAUCAUAUCAGUAGGACGAACAAAUCGGAAAAAUGCAAAAGUGAAGAAAGAAAUCCACAUGAGAAAGACGAAAAAUGUUUGUUCAGUAAUCACUCUGAAGAGGGAAAUAAAGAAGAUGGAAAAAGGAGCACGAGAGGAAAGUACCCCAAGUGCUUAUUUAGUAGCAGUUCAGAUGAGAAGAGUAAAAAUACGAAGAGUUUAGAAUCAUAUAACAGACUAUGCACAAAGGAAACAAUUGUUCAUCCUAACUUUAGUGAGAAAAAAAAAAAAAAAAAAAGGCUAAAAAAAAUUACCACUUUUAUGAACUAUGAUACGGAACCUAGAGAUACAGAUGGUGAGGAAAAUAAAAGUGGUAGUGUAAAAGGAAUGGACAGAUGCAAAAGUAUAAAUAAAUUUCAAGACGAGAAAAAUAAGGAUUACACUGUUGAGGUGAUGCAAAGUAAUCUGAAUGAGAAUGGAAGAAAAGGAGUAGCAAAUUAUCCCGAUGGAAAUAAGAUUUAUAACAAGUAUGAGAAAAGAAAAGAAGCAAUAUACCGUUUAAUAAACUUCGAAAAGUUAAAAAAAAGAGCUUCAAGAAAAUUAAACUUUAUGAGUAUUGUUGAUAUAACAAAAGAGGAAAACGAUUCACCGUCUUCCCCUCAUUUGUGUACAUAUUCUACAUCACGGGAAGAAAAAAAGGAAAGUGUAAAUAACUCAGAAGACGACAUUUUAAACCAAACAGGGAUCAGUUACGAGCUUUCUAAUGAAUCUACUUACUCAAAUGAACAUAAUAAUGCAAUUGCAAUGAAAGAGAAAAACAACAAUAGAACCAUUGAUAUAUAUAAUUACUACUACUUGGAUAGGAAUAAGAACGAAUCUGGUAUACUUAGAGAUGUAGAAAAAAUAGUAGACACAAGAAGUUGCAGUGGGGAGGAAAAUUUAUAUGAACGUUUAUUUGGAGAAAUGUCCAAUUUUUCAAAAGGUAGAUGGGUGAAUAGUCUUCAAUUGUCUGAUUCUGUAAGGAGCGACAGUGAUGUGAUAGAAGCCUCAAAGAAGUCUAUGAAGAAAAGGAAGAAAUCAAUUUUGCAAGAAAGAAAGUCAUUAAAAAUGAACCCGAUAAAAAUGAAUCGGGAGAAGUGCAACAUGGUCAUGCGAAAUUUAAUGCUAUAUAGGAAUUUUAAAAAUAUAAACGUGGAAUUGUCUAGACAAAACAAUUUGAAGGGAUUGAAUUUUAAAAAAAUGGUGUCCAAUUUUAUUCGUGUCAUAAAUAAAAACAUAUGGGAAAUGAAUGAACAGGGUGAUAUGAACAUGGUAGAAAAAAUGAACAACUUGAGGAACAGCUUAGAAAACACUAGUGAUGUAGAAGAAAGAUUGUUGACCCCUGAUCAUAAGACGAAUGGAGAAGAAGAAACAGUUGCAUUAUUUGGGGAAGAUGUAAAUGUGGAAGAGAAGCAUUCCCAAUUGGGGAAAGCAAAAUGUGUUUGCAUAUUUUGCGUUGAAAAUAAUAAAAUACUGACAAAUGAAGAACUAUAUGUAAGUACUUUUAAAUAUAUGGAAGAAAGGAAAAAAGAAGAUACUGUAAUAAAACCUUUUUUUAUGAACAAUUAUGUAUUUACUGCGUUCAUAAAUUAUUCUAUUCACUAUGAAAAUGUAAAAAAUGUGCAUAAAAUGGAAAAUGCACAAAAAAUGAAAAAUUCUCAGUUUUAUAAAUUUAAUAGAGACAUAAAAAAAAAAUACAACAUUAAAAAAGCUAUUCAUUUUGUAGCAAAAAAAGUAACACUUACGAGUAUUGGUAUACAUAUUGAAGGGUCUAAUUUUUUAAAAGAAGAUGAAAAUUUUAUUGUUGUUAUUAAUUUUAUUAAGUGGAAAAUAAUUCGAAAAAGUUAUGAAGAAAUAUUAAAAUUGAAAAAAAAAAAAAAAGAAAAAGAAAAUUUAAGUAUUUUUAAAAAAUUUUUUUUUUUUAUCAAAGCGAUUGAUGAGUAUUGUACGUUGUGUAAUAUACGUGUUGAUCAUCAGCAACCCAGAAGUAAUUUUCGAGAAAAAAAAAAAAAUUUCAUAAAUCACUCUAUAUAUAAACAAAAUGAUCAUUCGUCUGGAAGCAAUUCCAAAUUUUUUGGCCCCUCUUAUUUUUCCUACAAUGAAAUAAAAGUAAACCAAAUUGAAGAAUCUCUCAAUAUAGAUCUAGUCACUUCUAAUGUGCAGUUCGUCCUUGUUGACUCUUUACAUGUGUAUGCAAGCGACACGUUUUAUCUAUACCCUGCACACGUCAUCGUGCUCUUUUGA